UGUGCGUGGGGUAGGACGCUAAUUUGUUUUGAUGAAGCUUUUGUUUACGUUAUUCAAUUCGUAUAAUCAUGUGAAACUUAUAAAUAGUUUGCUAGGUAUGUGUUAAAGUGUAAAUAUAGUUAUGUGUUAGUGAAAGUGUUGUUUGUUGGUGUAUAAAACUAUUUGUUUACGCACGAUGGAUGUGAAUUCGAAAUACUACGAGGGCUGCGGGCAGGAAGGGCCCAUUCGUUGCAUAUUUCUGUGUGAAUUCCACCCAACUGCCGGGCCUAAGAUCACAUGCCAAGUGCCGGAGAACUAUAUUUCGAAAGAUAUCUUCGAUACGGUCAGCCACUACAUAAUUCCGAAGGUGCAACUGCAGAGAUGCACUUUGACAGUAACUCUCCUGGGCUCCAAAAUCCUGGGCUUCCCAGUCAGGAUAGACAACAAAAAGUAUGCGAGGAACGCAUUCUACUUCAACCUAUGCUUCGUCUGCGAUGCAUGGGCCCGCACCGUGCAUCUAGAGCCCCUAGUCAAGAAACUCACUGAAUACCUUUUAUCAAUGGAGUUAGAAAGCGAGUGGCUGUCCAAGCAGUCCACUUCAGGAGAAGCGAAGGCCCUCUGCGGGCUCAUGAGGCAGGUGCUACAGGACAUCAACAGCAGGCGCAUGUGCACACUUACAGUUGGAACCACAACCACCCACCUAACAGUGGUCCGAGUCAACAGCGACCCGACCCCGGUCAAAGACCACCAGGUGCCGGUGUUCCUGUACAGCAGACACUCCUUCGUGGCUGACCAGUGGGACCUGACCACCAACCAGAUCCUGCCCUACAUUGACGGGUUCAACCACGUCUCCAAGAUCGCGGCGCUGACAGACGUGGAGAUCAGCCUGGUCCGCGCCUGCGUGCAGAACCUGGUCUACUACGGCGUGGUCACCCUCGUGCCCAUCUUCCAGUACUGUGCGGUUUACAGCGCGACGCCAAAGCUGAGGCAGCUCACCCGAUGCGCAGGACUGCAGAGGCAGUGCGUCGAGUUCUGUGCGAGAUCAGCGCGACAACUGCCCAAAGUCAGCGACAUCUUCCGCAUGUAUGCUGGCAUGACAUACGGCAGCACAGUCCGAGACUUGUGCCGGAGGCUGCGCCCCCAGGAACUCCAUAUCAACGAGCGGAAACUGGUGCUGUUCGGAGUGCUCGAGGGCCUCAUCAGGCGGGUCUACAAGUACCCGAUCACUCUAAACAACGACGAGUCAGUAUCAAUAUCCAGUGAGCACAGCACGUCUCCUGUUCGCACUUACAACGGGCUUGUAUGCGUGGACGAAUUAUGCUGCCAAGCUGGUUUGUCAGCGGCGCAGCUGGACGAUCAGCUAGAGAGAGACGCCAAUGUCGUGUUUGUCGUCAAGUGACGUCAUGUUACCGUGGUGAGUUUAGGAUGUAGGUUUCCAAUCAGUAAAAUACCGUAUGACGUUAGUUGAGUAUCAAAUACAAAUAAUAAUAUCCAUAAACUGUAUAAAUAAUAAUAUAAAAUGUUAUGUUUACUAUUGGGACAGCUCGGAAUGGGAUGCCAACGUCAUCAAUGAGGGUUUUUCGCGAAUGAAAGAUCCGCUAGAUGGCGGGACGUGGAUGUGGGGUCUGACUGCUGCAUGAUUGGUGGACUUUUUUUUAAAAUAAAAUUUAGUUUGACAUAUCUGUCAAUGUCAUGUCAAAAAUAACCAAUCAUGCAGCAUUUGGACCUCGCGUCUACGUAUUGCCAUCUGGCGGAUUUUUUCAUUCGCGAAAACCCUCAUUG